AUGGCGAAACCAUCUGGCGUCAGAGACUCCGGCGCAUCCAAAGCCAAAGUUGUCAAGAGGCCUACGAAGGCGGCCAAGGCCAGGAAACCGGUGCCCAUACCGAAAGCCAAGGCAGCUCCGAAGAAGACAGCGGCCACCAAGGCAGCUCCGAAGAAGACGGCGGCCACCGAGGCUGCUGCCCCCAAGACUCCGACACCCAAGAAAGCGGCUGCCCCCAAGACCCCGACGCCCAAGAAAGCGGCUGCCCCCAAGACCCUGACGCCCAAGAAAGCGACUGCCCCCAAGACCCCCACGCCCAAGAAAGCGGCGCCUGUCCCUGUUCCCAGGCCGACCUCGGCCCACUGCUACGCAACUCGCGCCAACACCAACGUCAAGCUAGAAACUGAGGAGCUGAAGCCGACGCCCCGGAAGAGAAAGGCUCCCCCGAAGAAGGCGAAGGCCGCGGUUCCUCUUUCCCCACAGGCUUUUUUCGAGGGGACGCACAAGGCGAAUUCUUCGCAGAAGGUGGCUCCGGACGGGAAGUACCGAUCCGCUCCGAAAUCCUGGCCACAAGUCAAAGAGAAGAAGUAG